AUGAGUGGAAAGGUCUGGAUUGGACGAUUCGCUGAUGACUUGCCGCGUACUUUUAUCGAGGCUCCUCACCAUAGCACACCGACUAUAGCUCUUGAACGCUCUUCCCACCAAUAUGUUCAUUGGAGUGACCUCCGGUGCAUCUUGAUUAGAGUAACUAUUUAUUCCUUAAGUAAAGAAAUGGCGCUCGACUUUGUAGCUGGUUGCAUAGGAGGUUGUGCUGGAAUAAUAGUCGGGCAUCCUUUGGACACUUUGAAAGUGCACGUUCAAUCUGGUAGACGCAGUGUGUUGAAAUGUACGAAAGCUCUUUUAAAAGAUGGAUCAUUGGCGACGGCAUAUCGAGGAGUAGGGGCGCCUCUGGGAGGAAUUGCUGCCAUUAACGCAAUCGUCUUCGGCUCCUAUGGAAACACAAUAAAGGCAAUGCCCAACUCUGAAUCCUUAAUAUGUCACGGAAUAGCCGGAGGAGUAGCUGGAUUCCUUCAAAGUAUAGUGUGUGCACCAGUUGAAUUAAUCAAAACGCGUCAACAACUCGCGAAACCUGGCGAAACAAUGCCAAAUGGAGCAUGGUCAGGCGCCAGACAUGUAAUUAGAACAAGUGGUUACAGGGGUCUGUUUCGUGGACUGGGUGUAACAAUACUCCGUGAUUGCCCAGGUUUCACGAUGUAUUUUAUGACAUACGAAGCAAUGACUCGGGGUAACCAAGAUGCGAUGAGAGUGUUUAUUGCCGGAGGUUUAGCUGGUGCGUUCUCGUGGGUGAUAUCCUAUCCUGUCGAUGUUGUUAAGUCAAGAUUACAAGGGGACGUGGUUAAGAAAUAUUCAAGUGCAUGGGACUGCUUUGUUAAAUCUAUACGGACAGAUGGUUGGCGCUGUAUGACUCGCGGACUAAGCCCGGUUUUGUUACGUGCAUUUCUUAGUAAUGGAGCCUGUUUCACUGCUGUGGCAUGGACGGAAAGAGUAUGGCAGCAGCUGAUAGACCGUCCUGUCAGCUCUUUUCCUAAAUCCAAUGGCGCGGAAGACACCCCAGACUAUGUAUAUGACACGUGA